GCUGAAAGGGCGGAAGGGCAGCGCAGGGGGCGGGGUUUAAUGCCGGCUCUGCGCGGAGUUGUUGACGGAAGUGGCCUCUUGCGCUGAAGCGAGGCGGCUGCUGCCUGAGCGAGACGCUGGCUCUGCGUUAGCAAAGGGCCAGAUAUAUGGUAAACAAAAUGAAGCCGGCUACAGCACAUUAUUUGAUUCUGAGUUCUUUUUGUCUGGCUUUUUAUUCUGGGUGUACUUCCUAUAAAUUCCUGGAAAGUGAGCACCAUCCUCGCACUUGGAAAAAGCUGUUCCUUGUUCAUCACUGGCCCGUGACCGUAUGCAAGAUGAGUGAGAAUGACUGCAAAGAUCCCCCCCAGUACUGGACAAUUCAUGGACUAUGGCCUGAUAAAGUAGACGAAUGUAAUAGAACAUGGCACUUCAAUGUGACUGAAAUUAAGGAUCUCUUGCCAGACAUGAGACACUACUGGCCUGAUAUACUCCAUUCAUCUCCUAAUCGCACCCAGUUCUGGAAGCAUGAGUGGGAGAAACAUGGGACCUGUGCAGCCACAGUGGAGCCUCUUAAUUCUCAAAAGAAAUAUUUUGGUAGAACAUUGGAUCUCUACCAAAAACUUGACCUCAACAGUUGUCUCCUGAAAGUUGGGAUAAAGCCAAGCAGUACCUAUUACCAGAUGACAGCCAUAAAAGAAGCCCUUACAAGUGUUUAUGGAGUAACACCAAAGGUUCAGUGCCUUCCUCCAGAAGAGGGCGAAGAAGUGCAAACAAUUGGUCAAAUUGAAUUCUGUUUUACCAAAGACUUGGAGCUGAGAAACUGUACACACUCAGAGGCUGAAUCCUACGUAAUGCCAAACAACUGGCAUUUUGGACCUGAGGAGUUGUCUGUCUGUAAUGAUACCCUGACAUAUUACCCUGCACAGGUUCAGUUUUACAACUGAAGCCUCCAGAACUUGAAAUACUUGAUGCAACGUUGAGAUCCCAGCCAUCCUUGUUAUCAACUGCCGAAAAGCUGCAAAGACUCAGGAAGCAACUGUGAAGAAGCAAGGAGGACCUUCUGCAUGGAGUUAUGCAGCAGUCCCUUACUGACAAUAAAGUACAGGAGUGGCAGGAGACCAAAAGGAGGGUCUGCUAGGAGAAUGCGGAUUGCUGGCAACAAACCAUGGAGCAGCUCCUAAGCAUUAUGGAGCGCCAAGCAGAUUCGAUGUAGGCGCUCAUAGCACUGCAUAGGGAGCAGAUCCGUGCCCCCUCUCUCCGCAGCCCUUGUCCCCAAACUCUUUCUCCUGUGCUCCCAUGUUACCCCAACCCACUUUCCCGGACAUCUGGUUUCUUAUCGGCACCAGCUGCCUCCAACACCUUUAGCUUCACUGCCCACCCCUGCAAACUACGACCCUUACCUACUGCACUCAACCCCCAUCACCAUACAUUUUAGCCAGCCUGAAGUGCAGCACUUGUUGCACGGCACUCCAGACAAGAAGACUGAAAAUGAUAAUAGGACAUAGGCAAAUCUGUGAUUGUUCCUUUCCCCACCCUACCCCUUUCCCUCCUCCCACAUAGCACAGAUGUGUCGUGCCAUGUGUGUUUCUCCAGCAGUUGUUUUCUUUUCAAUAAAUGAAUUUUUUGGUUUUGGAAA